GGCUAAUCUUAGAACUCAAAAGAGACUUGCAGCUAGUGUUGUUGGUGUUGGUAAGAGAAAGAUCUGGUUAGAUCCUAACGAAGCCACUGAAAUCUCCAAUGCCAACUCUCGUCAAGCUAUCAGAAAGUUAUACAGAAACGGUACCAUUGUCAAGAAGCCAGUUGUUGUUCACUCCAGAGCCAGAGCUAGAGCUUUGUUAGAAUCCAAGAGAGCCGGUAGACACAUGGGUUACGGUAAGAGAAAGGGUACCAAGGACGCUCGUAUGCCUUCUCAAGUUUUGUGGAUGAGAAGAUUAAGAGUCUUAAGAAGAUUAUUGGCUAAGUACAGAGAUGCCGGUAAGAUCGACAAGCACUUGUACCACUCAUUAUAUAAAUCUGCCAAGGGUAACUCUUUCAAGCACAAGAGAUCUUUAGUCGAACACAUCAUUCAAGCCAAGGCCGAAGCUUUACGUGAAAAAUCAUUGAAGGACGAAGCUGAAGCUAGAAGAUCUAGAAACAGAGCUGCUCGUGAAAGAAGACAACAAAGAGUCAACGAAAAGAGAGAAGCUUUAUUAAAUUAA